CACGAGCAGAGCUCCCCGAGUCUGAAGAGGGAAUGCUCCGAUUUCCGUACAGGUCUCUACUCCAGUUCGGUUAGGCAGUGGAGAAUGAGCGGUAGCCAACGUCUAGGCGGUUCUACCAAGGUUAAAUGCUUCGUGUCUGGGCCUGUUUUUUUCACGCCAGCGGCCCUUCUGUUUACAGUGAGUGCCUGAGGGAUGUUUUCUGGUAUUUGUACACCUUGAACGGGUAAACCACUGUUGGAAUACGCGUGGAAACCUUAGUACUGAACUCUACCUUUGGUUUGAGUCCAAGGGUUCUACAGAAGCGACUCUGCGUAGACGUUACGAACGGAACACAUCUGUUUAUGUUUCUCCAACACUGAAGGUACUACAACUGUAUAGGAGUACUUAACCUAGGUAUUUUUGUCUGUGUGGGACGGGUACACCUAGGACAAAGGUGUGAGCCACCCCGCGGUCGUCCCGAUUCUGACUACGCGACCGCACGUGCCUUGUACACUAACCGUGUUCGGCCCGUCUUAAGGUUGGGUCUGUGACGUGAACCUACGUGUGUGGAAGGGCGUGAGCGAGUUUGCAGGGCCGUCAAGGAGUGGCUGGACCCUUCAGGGAAGUUUGUUUCUCCUAAGAUCACCGCGCUCUGGAGUGCGGCAGUCCAAACACCGCUGAGAGGCCGACAGACGUGUCGAGCGAACACCACCUGCGAAACGCACGGACGGCAAGCAACAACGGCGGAUUUCUCUAACCGUUCCCGUUCUCGUUUUCCUUCUACAAUUCUUCUAGGGAACGGUUUGUAGUCAGGAAAACGCCAGUGUGCUUACAACAGGUGGUCCUGACAGACUGCUGAUAGAUUAGUUGUGGAUUAUCGAGGCUGACCUCCGGGCGACUGUGUUCAAACAGACGUCAGAGCGACAAAAUAUCGUCUGAAAAAAGAUGGUGGACGUCGCUCGCGGUGGGUAAGCUGAAGUGGUGCUGUAUACUAGUAUAUCGUGAUCGGGCGAUAUAUUCCGUAUAAGUACACACUUCUGCAUAAACCUGGACGUCUCUCUGACGACCACACGUACUAGCUGCCGCUGGAUUGCAGUUUUGGAUGGUAAACUGUGUGACAGAUUGGAUUUUUCAAGUAGCGAGGACGACAUGAGAAGAGCUUGGGCACCAGCAGUGGUUGCUAGAUAAGCCAUUCGGUGAAGUGCGGAUUGUUGACUGACUGCGAUAGCGAUCCAAAAUGGGGGCCCACAACGGUAAACAUCAUGAUACAGAGAGCACAGGGAAGACGAACUCCAGCUUGUCUCAGUCUGACUUGAGUACAACCAUGGACUUCACUCCGACCAUCACGAAAACCAGGAAGACUGUGUCAUUCGGAGAAGAGACGGAGAUGAUCCCUCCCUACCCUCCAAGGAAGCUCUACCAGCCGCGUAAUGGCCUGAAGCCCGCGAUCUCCCACAGCCACAAAGUCUACGCCAGCGUGCACGUAAACGGCGAUGGCACCAUCCCGUACCCCUCAGACAAAAAACUGGGCAAGGACAGACGGUUGUCUCCAUUUGAUCUACUCUCGGACGAUCUUGUGGUGAAGAUUUUCUCGUAUCUCCCGACGGACCAGUUGUGUAAAUGCGCGUGCGUCGAUCGCAGGUGGUACGAUCUUUCGUGGGAGCCGCAUCUGUGGACUCAGAUCGAGAUGUCAAACGAAAACUUGGACAUCGAUCGCGUGCUGAGAAUUCUAACAUGGCGGCUUUCGAGGGAGACGCCCAACGUUUGUCUCAUGCUGGAGAGGAUAAAGCUGAGCGGAUGUGAGAAACUGACCAAUAGGGGCCUGCACGUGAUCGCGAAACGGUGCCCAGAGUUGACGACGUUGGAAGUCGCCGGUUGCUAUAACAUCACAAAUGAAGCGCUUUAUGAAGUCGUCUCCAGGUGUCCAAACCUGCAACACCUUGACAUUACAGGUUGUCCGUGUAUCACCUGUAUCGCUCUGACACCAGAGGCCACCAUGCGAGCCUGCCCACUCCACGGUAAACAGAUCUCUCUCCAGUACCUGGACAUGACGGACUGUUACGGACUCGAAGAUGCUGGUCUCAGAGUCAUCGCCAGCAACUGUCGCGAACUCACGCGCCUGUACCUACGGCGGUGCGUCCGAAUCACGGACUUAGGCGUCCAGUACGUCGCAAGCAACUGCGCAAUGUUGAAGGAGUUCAGCGUGUCGGACUGUAGAAGAGUGACCGAUUUCGGGAUCCGGGAGUUAGCCAAACUCGGCGCGCAGUUACGCUACCUGAGCGUGGUUCACUGCGAUCAGGUCACAGACGUUGGGAUCAAGUCGCUCACGAAAUACUGCGGGAAGUUGCGAUACUUGAACAUCCGAGGAUGCGAGCUUGUGACGGACACUGGAGUGGAGUACCUCGCGCGUCAGUGCAACAAGCUUCGGUCGCUGGACAUCGGCAAGUGCUCGCUUGUAACGGAUCGCGGAUUGGAAGUUCUCGCACUAAACUGUCCGCUUCUGAAGAAGCUGAGCUUGAAGUCGUGUGAGAGGAUCACCGAUCGGGGUGUUCAGAUGAUCGCGGCGAACUGUACGGACCUUCAGAUGCUAAACAUCCAGGACUGUAAGAUAUCUACAGAGGCGUACCGAUUCGUGAAGAGACACUGUAAGAGAUGCAUCAUCGAACACACCAAUCCUGGCUUUUGUUAGCAUAAGAGUAAUUUCUUAGUCUCCAUCAGACUAACCACGUGUUUUAAAAACAGUAUCAUGAUUCUUAGCCAAAUAGGGAGAAUAACUAGUCUCCAAACAGAUCCUUGGGACAAAAAACAGUAUCAAAUUGGCCAGGCAGUAUCUAUUAGCCAGAGUGGGUGGUGUAUUGGACCCUCUUCGGUGAAUGGAUACUGCCUGGCCAAUUUGAUACACAACUGUCUUUUGCCACCCUAGGAUUUAUUGGAGAUUAGAGAAUGAGUCAGAGGAGUUUAGUCAUUUAUGAAAGGGGGAAAUUAAAAAACCCUAACGGUAGACCCACUCUCCUGGCCAGUCAGACCCUACUUUUGCUUAAUUCUACAAAUGUACUAUCCUAACACCCUUCAAGAAGGCCUGGUGGAGGCUAAGAGUUUUCUACAUGUACCUAACAGUCGCCCAACCAUGUUUAAACUAUAGUCAGUGUUACUUUUCUCAUAUGUUCUUCAUGUAAAUGCCAUAAUACAGAAUUGCCACAUAAACAUCCUAGCUUUUAUGGGCAUGGCUUUUUAACCCUUGUUAUGCCUUGCACCUGUAAAUGUGAUGGUCAGUAACUUGGCAUGCAAAAGGUUAACUACUAGUACCAUGCCAGAUCACAACAUAACAGUGACAGCUUCUGGGAAACAGGCAUAUGCUGAGGAUAUUGGAGUGUCUUACCUUCCUUACAUUUCCAUGCCUAUCAGACACCUUCCUCAGAGCUUCUGACUGUAGUGCUGCUUUGGUGCUCACUGCUAUAUGUAGCCGAUGAACAUGCACAUGUGGUAUCCUCCGUAGCAGGCUUAUAGAACUGGGGGUUUGGUGGUCUUCGGCUGUU